AUGAGCAUAUGGCGAAAUGUCUAUGGCAGAGACAAUCUUGAGGUUGGCCAUGAUGACCAUGAUGUCCCCAUGGCCUUGCCUCUUCCGGGCAUGGGCAUCUUAUAUGCCUGCUCGCAUAAGAGCUGUCUCUUAUUGCUCGGCUCACUGGCCAGUCAAAUCCUCUGUCUGGCUGUCACCUCGUCUGGCCGACUCAUGUGGUGGUUCACUUGUUCGCUUGCUGCCUUAUCUAUACCUUUUUUCCUCAGCCACUCGGAGUCCAACAGACCGGCCUACAUGCGGAAGGGUUCGUCAAAUCGCCUACUGGCCAUCCUCUUCCCUAGUCAGCCGGCACUAGUCACUUCCAACAUGUCCGUCAUUGUUUUUCAGCAACACGAUUAUCGUCUCCCACGGCCAGCAUUGCCGCCCACAGCAUUGAGGCAAUGGGGACAGACAAGUCAGCCCCAAGCAGCCGAGCCAUCCAAUCACUUCGUCAAGCAGAUUGCCUGCCCCCUCGAAGGUACCGUCCAAGGACGAGAAGCGGCCGAAAUCACCUUUGACGGAUGCAAAAUAGAGCUCCGAUGA